AACCAAAAUGUUGUGCAGCAACUGCAAGCCACCGCCAUCUCACUCUCCGACCAGCCCACCGCUUGUCUCGAGACAGCUGUCGAGAACUCCAAGCAGAAAAGCAUCCCCGUGUGGGAGCACCUGCUCGGUGCAUUCGAGUUGAAUACGUCACCACCCACCGCGACAAUACCUUGCGGAACAUCGACCGCGGCGCCACCGAGGGCGAGACUACACCAGAUGGCUAAGGGACACGUCUAG